UCCCUCACCUCACGGCCUCACCCAUCCACCCACCGAUCCACUGCAACCACGCCUUCUCUCCGUCCCUCCUCCUCCUCUCCUUCCCUUCUCCGUGUCGGCCGCCGCGCGCUACGUCUGCCUCCGAGUCCCCGUCCCGAUCCGGAGACGACUCGUCGUUGUUUGGAAGGAAGAGCCCGAACUGCGGCGGGAGGGAGGGCUCCUUUUCUUUUACCCCGCCGGAGGCCAGCCGCCCCAUGGGCCGGUCGCCUGCGCAUGCUACAUAUCAGCUCAUCGACCGGCGGAAAGGGUUUGGGUAAAUCUUUGUUGAAAGAAUCUCUCUUGUACAUUUAACAUCGCAUGUAAUUUCUGUUAAGAUGAGUUCACUGAAUAAAGUUGUUUCAAAUAGUGGAGAUGCGUGUUCAGUGUUACCUAGUAAAGUCACGGCAUUAAAUCCCAAUGCAGCUGAAUUUGUACCUUCGUUUAUUAGACCAUCUUUUGGAAGUAGCACAGUUCCAGAUGUAACUAAGUCAGACUUUAGGGGGUCUUCUGGAAAAUCAAUCCUAGAUAGGUCCGAGUCAUCAAAGUCUAAUAACUCGGAUGAUGAGGCACACCAGUUUUGGCGUAAGCAGCUUCCUGAUGACAUUAUUCCGGACUUCACUUCUUUCGAGAAAAUUGAACAAAGACCUGAAGAAUUAUCCCUUGCUGGAUUAUCCUUGAAUGCGCCCCCCUUUUACGGGACAACAUCCAGCCGCCUGUCAAGAGAACAUCACGAGUUAUCUUCUCCAGCUUCCAAGGGCCUGGAGCUGGAACAUACUAAUCUACUGUAUGAAGAUAAUUCACAGACAACCUUUUCAGCUUUGGGUUCAAGCAACUGGGAGCAAAAUUAUAUGGGCGAUCUUCAUUUUGCCAAUGGAAGUCAGGACCUUCCUUUGGAUUCUGAAAGUGCUGCUGGCUUUUCUGACAGUUUUGCUAGUGAGUAUGCUGCCGCAUCAGAUGGUGGUGUUGACCCCCUGGAGUACUUAGCAUCUCAGUUCCCAGGAUUUUCAGCAGAGAGCCUUGCAGAGCUUUACUAUGCAAAUGGAUGCGACUUCAACCAUACUAUUGAAAUCCUCGCCCAGCUAGAGAUGCAGGUUGAUGCUACCCCCAACCACACUCUGAAUUUGACUCACAGCACACCAAACUUUAGCACAGGGGAUUUCCCUGCACUGCCAACAGCUGAGGACCAUAAUAGUUUCAACAAGGGAAAUGUGGAUGUCGUUGGCAUCUUCAAUAGGCGCGGUUUGUCCACCAUGUCUAGUGGAACUGGUGAUUUUGUUUCAGCUGUUCGCAAACUUGCAUCACAGAAUUCUGGCCAUUGGAAGUUUAAGAAAGGCCCUGAAUAUGGUAAUGGUGUUUCAGCUCUUUCUGUGCCAAAACAGUACAGUUCUAGCACUAAACAAUCAUCUGGGAACAAGUUUCAAAGUGUUAGCAGUGCAAGAGUUGCUCCAUGGCUUGAGACUGGUGAUGCAGUGGCAAAUAUGUACUCAGAAUCAAGGGGAGAAGCUCGUGAUUUUGCUAGGGUCCGAAAUGCGUGCUUUGAGCAGGCUAGGCAGGCUUACUUGGUCGGAAACAAAGCUCUGGCCAAGGAACUGAGCAUGAAGGGUCAGGCGUACAAUGCACAAAUGAAAGCAGCUCAUGAGAAAGCCAGAGAAGCUAUUUAUCGGCAAAGGAAUCCUGUUUCUUCGCAACGGGGGAGUGACCAUCUGAUUGAUUUGCAUGGCUUGCAUGUGAGCGAAGCAAUCCACAUCCUAAAGGUUGAGCUAGCUGCUCUGAAGGGCGCAAGGGCCACAGGGGAGAGGAUGCAGGUCAUGGUAUGCGUCGGAACAGGCCACCACACCAAGGGCUCUCGCACCGCAAGGUUGCCCAUUGCUGUCGAGCAGUUCCUCCUUGACGAAGGACUCCACUACACGCAGCCUCAACCGGGUCUGCUCCGUGUCAUGGUGUACUAACAUCUCUUAUAGGUAAAACACCACGGAGAAAAAUAAAGGACAAACCAAAAAAGGAGAAAAGAGAUGUACGGAAAACACAAGAAAUAUGUCGUUUGGGCACUGUAAUUUCCUUGUAGUUGUAUAUUAAGAGAGGCAGCAGGAGAAUAGCCUGACAACAGAAUACAGUGUAAAAUUAUACAUAGCUUCAUUCAAUUCACAUUCCAUUCCCCAUCCA